UUUUGGUCAGUUUACGUUAUCAUCUGUGUAUCCAAGGCGACAGUUCACUGAGUUGGACAUGAAUACAAGUUUAUUAGAUUUGGAUCUUGCUCCGUCAGCAUCAUUGGUUGUAUUGCCAGGAAGUAAGCAUUCAGCCUCUAAACCUGAUUCAAAUCCAGCUGGGUUGUUUGCACUCUUACUGAUGCCAUUCUUAUGGAUAUGGAGUUUAGUUGUCAGCAUUUUUAUAUCUUCAUCUGAACCCGAGUCCAUCACCGAAACGAGGACUGACAAUACACUUUCUACACCAUCAACGUCACAAACCACAAAAGCAGAAACUAAAGAAGAAAGCACAAGCAGACCAGUCAGACCUAAAAG